AUGGUGGCUAUGACCAUAGCUAACCACAAGGUCUUCCGCAUCUUAGUCGACACGGGAAGCUCAUCCGACGUCAUUUACUCCGAGGCGUUUGAGAGAAUGAGUAUCGACAGAUCAUGCUUUCGACCCGUGAAGACCCCUUUACACAGCUUUGCCGGGGAUAAGAUAAUCUCCGAGAGAGCCAUCUCCCUCCUUAUAACGGCGGGAGAAGGACAGCACCAAGUCACACUUUUAGUGGACUUUCUGGUUGUCAAUGUGCCAUCGGCCCUCACCAUCGACGUCCUCGAUGCCAUGGAAGAUCCCCCCGAGGAUUUGCAGACCGUCCCACUUGAGGAAGCUGAAUCGAGCAAAGUUGUUCAACUCGGGACAUCACCAAAUUCCAAGCAGAGGUAUCAAAUGUUGACUUUCCUACAACAGCACAAGAACGUCUUCGCAUGGUCACACGAGGAUAUGUUGGAAAUCUCUCCCGAUGUCAUGAAGAGAAGAGCGUUCGACGCCGAGAGGUAUACAACCAUAGCCGAUGAAGUUUCCAAGCUCCUCAGCGUCGGCUUCAUUGAAGAAAUACAUUAUCCGGACUGGAUCGCCAACGUGGUCCUGGUGAAGAAAGCAAGCGGGAAGUGGAGGGUCUGUGUCGACUACUCGGACCUGAAUAAGGCCUGUCCGAAAGAUAGCUUCCCCUUACCUCGGAUCGAUCAGUUGGUGGACAGCACAGCUGGACACGAACGACUCUCCUUCCUAGAUGCCUAUUCCGGGUACAAUUAG